AUGAAUUCUGUUCCACAAGUAGACGAGCUUGUAAAAGAAUACUUGUUAUUCAGGGGCUUUUCGGCCACUUUUCGCUCAUUUGAACAAGAAUGCAAAAAUGACAAAAAUAAGGGAUUUCAGGCCGAAAGAAUUAUCGACGAAUUAUAUUCCUAUGUCGCAAAUAGCGAUAUUAAUGGUCUACUUGAAUAUUGGAAAUAUCUCGAUCUGAGAUAUUUUUCUCGGUUAGAUGUUAGAUUUUUAGGCAGCGUUAAAAAAUUUGAAACAUCUCUUUUAAGGUAUUACCUUGUGUACGCGAUACAACAAAAACGCAGAGACAAAGUAUUAUUGUUCUUUGAUAGUUUCGGAACUGAGCUAAGUAAAAAUGCGGAAUGGUCUAAAUGGUUUGGCUUGCCAUUUUCCAAGAAUCCAGCGACUGACCCGAAUUAUGAAACGUUCUUUACUAAACAAUGGCUGGAUAAAUUCACAGUGUCAUUUCAUAAUUUCCUUAAUUCGAUAUUUCAAAAUAUGCCGCAUCCAAGCUUAUUAUGUUUUAACAUUGAUCGAUAUCACCGACACGCAUUGCAGAGUGAAAUAGAUUCACUACAGGGAGUGAUUGAAAAUCUCAAAUCUAAUAUUGAGAGCGCAGACCAGGAAAUCGCGUCCUUACGGCAAAAGGUUCAAUCGCGAGAAGCAGGAACCAAUGUCAGGUCACGGAGACGUGCAAAAUCAUUAUAUGAUUCAAAGGAGAAGGAUGUGCAAGAUAUACUCCGUCCUAUAUCCAAUGGGAAUCGUUCCUCUAAUCUCUCACCUAUGAAAUCAACGCCGAAUAACAAAGCCGAAACGAAUUCUGAAAGUAAUAACGGUUUAAAAUCGCCAGAAGUUUUUUCCGAUGAUCGAAGUAUGACACCAAUAUCAGAAUAUAAUUCAGAUGAUACCCAAGAACUUCCCGGCGAGGAUAUAAAUCCAUUCACGAUCCUCAGUCAGGAAAUAUAUCUCGAGCAUGCAUCCGGUAUCUCAUUAGCUAAAUUCUCCCAUGAUGGAAAUUUGAUUGCAAGUUGUGAUGUAGAUAAUAUUGUUAGGAUAUGGAACUAUACUGGUGCAAGUGCUGCUUGCAAGAUAAAAAAUGAUCCGAGCUCAAAUAUACUGUGUUUGGAAUGGGAAGCUAGGUCAGAUAAGCUUCUUCUGAUGGGCACAGAUGAGAGACAAGUUCGAGUGUAUAAUAGAGAGUUAAAAUCAGUAGUUCACGAAUUUCAGACGGAAGAAAGAUUUCCCAGGGUUAAGCAAAUUAGCUAUUCUCCUGUGGAAUCUUUGUUCGCGUGUUCUGGUUCACCAAAGGGUUCUUCUGAUGAUAGUGCAAUUGGAUCUUUAAUGUUGUGGAACUUGAAAACGAUGUCACUAAAGAAUUCAUUCGUGCUUGAUCAUACAAUAUCGAAAUCUGGACUUCCCGUUGUUCCUAUAGAGACCAUCAAAUUUAAUCACAAUGGUCAGAUGCUUGUUACAGGUGACAGAGCUGGGUGUAUACGUAUUUUCGACAUUCGUUCCUUGUUACCAAUAAUGGAGUGGAAUCUUUCCAAAUUGGGAGCGGGAUCGAGUAAAAAAGGGAGUUAUAUAAUAUGCUCAUCUCAAUUUAGUUUUGAUGAAAACUCAAUUUAUGUUGUUGAUGAGGCUGGAAGCCUUACACAAUGGUCUGUUCAUAAACCAGGCCAUAUAAUUACAGAAUCCCAACUUGCCGGUUUCACAUCAACAUUCUCAUCAACGCUAAUCAAUUUUACCCCUACACCAACUAAAACAUUCCGUAAACGUACGCCAUCAAUGUCAUCUGUCAAGUCUACAAAAUCCAAUCGCUCAACAUCUUCAGUUCCAGCUAUAAUGAUUGGAAAUGAAACUACGCAUUUGAUGUCAACAUCACGUGUUCCAAUGGUGUCAUUUAGUGGAGAUACAGAGCAUGUGGUCUGCGUUGGUGGUGAUGGGGGGCAUCGAGGAGUGAUAUAUCAGACAUCUACUGGAAAUCAAGUACAAUUGUUAGCAUCACACUCUCAGCCAUUGACAGCAGUUGAUUGGACUACAACCGUGGGAAAUACGAUAUUAACGGCAGCUUCAGAUGGAACCGUGAGGGUGACCAAGAUGGUAACCACUACAAGUUCAUAA